AUGGGGAAAUAUUACCAAAUUUUCUUUUUACUUUAUUUACUUUGUAUUUUAUAUGUUAUAUCAUGUGGGUAUAUAAAUCCAUACUCACCCUAUUCAAGUCCAUGUUUAUUCGCACCAAUAAUUGGAUAUUUAUAUAUGGGAGGAUCACUAUCCUCAAAUUCUUCAAAUAAUAAUAAUAAUAAUAAUAAUAAUAAUAAUAAUAAUAAUAAUAAUAAUAAUAAUAAUAAUAAUAAUAAUAAUAAUAAAGAUUCAAAAUUAACUGAAAAUUGUAAUAAUAAUAGUAGCAAUAAUAAUAGCGAUAAUAAAAGUAAUAUUAAAAAUAAACAACAUCAUCACCAUAGUAACUUUAGAAAUCGAAGAGGUAAAUCUAAUAAUAAAAAUAGCAGUGAUAAUGAUGAUUGCACAAAAUGUAAUAAAAGACAUCAUACUCAAUCCUCAUCAUAUGAUACAUCAGAGUUACACCAAUCAGUUAGUAGUGGAUUAGGUGGUAGUAUGGGAAGUGGUUCACAAGCUCUAACCGAUAUCGAAAAGGAUAUCAAUGAAUUUAUGAAUGCAAAUCCUUCACAUUCUUUAAAUAAACAACAAAUUCAACAACAACAACAAUUACAACAACAACAACAGCAAUUACUAAAACAACAACAACAACAACAACAACAACAACAACAACAACAACAACAACAACAACAACAACAACUUGAAAAACAAAGAAAAGAACAAGAAGAAACUGAAAAGAAAAAACAAUUAGAAUUACAACAACAACAACAGUUACAACAACAACAACAAAAUGGUAAUGGUUUAAUUAUUGAAGAAGAUAUGAUGGAAGGUAGAAUUUUAAGAAAUAUUUCAAAAGUUUAUAGAGAUGUUAAUGAAAAUCAACCAAAAUCAUAUUACGAUUAUGAAGGUUAUCGUAUCAAUUGGAAGAAUGUAGAUAGAUAUGAAGUGAUUCAAAAGAUUGGUCGUGGUAAAUAUAGUGAAGUUUUUAGUGGUAUCGAUAUAGAGACCUCUGAUGAAGUUGUAAUCAAAGUUUUGAAACCAGUUCAAAAAUUAAAGAUUCAAAGAGAAAUUAAAAUAUUGGAGAGUUUAAAUGGUGGUCCAAACAUUAUACCACUAUUGGAUUCAGUUAAAGAUCAAUCUUCAAAAGUUUGUAGUCUAGUUUUCCCAUUUGUAAAUAAAACUGACAUUAGAGAAUUAGUUUAUACAUUGGAUGAUUAUGAUAUUAGAUAUUAUAUUUUUGAAUUAUUAAAAGCAAUUGAUUACACACAUUCAAAAGGUAUAAUACAUAGAGAUAUAAAACCAUUAAAUAUUGCAAUUGAUCAUUCAAAGAGGAAAUUAUCAUUAAUUGAUUGGGGAUUAGCGGAAUAUUAUCAUCCAGGUAAGAAUUAUAAUGUUAGAGUUGCCUCUAGACAUUAUAAACCACCCGAAUUAUUGGUGAAUAUGUUUGACUAUGAUUAUAGUUUAGAUAUGUGGUCAUUGGGUUGUUUAUUCGCUGGUUUGAUUUUAGAUAGAGAUCCUUUCUUUAAUGGUGAUAAUAAUAAUGAUCAAUUAUUAAAAAUUGUUAAAGUUUUAGGUACUGAUGAUUUAUUUAACUUUUUGGAUAAAUUUGGUUUAUCUUUAACUGAUGAACAAUCCUCUUUAAUUAAACCACGACAAAAAAGUAAUUGGGAAAGAUUUAUACCAUAUGAAAAUGAUGAUAUUGCGCAACCUGAUGCAAUUGACUUUUUAGAUAAAUUAUUACGUUAUGAUCCAACAGAAAGAUUAACUGCAAAGGAGGCAAUGAAGCAUCCUUAUUUCAAAGAUUUCAAUCAAUCAAUUUUAUAA